CGAUUCUUAUUUCGUCUCCAACUACUUAAUAAUCAUCAUUAUUCUUAACCUGUCAAUUAGAUUUUACCCUUCUUUGGGAUUUUUAAGAAAAUGGACAGUUACAGUUUAAUUGCAUUGAUAAUAGUAUAAUUGGAAGUGUCUUCACAUGAUCCAUGAAGUUGUAACAUUUCUCACUCAGGACAUUUUUCUGGCUUCAAAUGUGGGCCAUCAUGCAUCAUUUGUUGCCUGUGGCUUUGCUGCUGCUAUCGACUGCUUGCUACGUCAACUGUCAGCAAAAACUCGACUGGUGGCAAACAUCGACCAUCUAUCAGGUCUAUCCGCGGAGUUUCAAGGACAGCAAUGGAGAUGGCAUAGGCGAUUUGAAAGGUAUCGAGCAGAUGGCCGAUUAUUUCAAGGAGAUUGGAGUCGGCGCAGUAUGGCUGAGUCCGAUCUUCAAGUCACCAAUGGCCGAUUUUGGAUACGACAUUUCCGACUACAGACAAAUCGAUCCUGCUUUUGGAACUCUCAAUGAUUUCAAAAGUCUGGCUAAAAAACUGAAAUCGCUGGGAAUCAAGCUGCUCCUAGAUUUUGUUCCGAACCACUCAAGCGAUGAACAUGAAUGGUUCAAGAGAUCAGUUAAGAGAGAAAAGCCCUAUGACGAUUUCUAUGUAUGGAAGGAUGCCAAAGGCUUCGAGUCUGGUAAACCGAUUCCUCCAAAUAACUGGAUUUCAGUUUUCAAUAUCAACCCAAUGUGGACUUGGAACGAAGAGAGGAGACAAUUCUACCUACACCAGUUUCUCAAUAAGCAGCCCGACUUGAAUUACAGGAACGAAGACCUGAAGAGAGAAAUGCAGGACAUCCUGACAUUCUGGUUAAGUAACGGCGUGGACGGAUUCAGAGUGGAUGCGGUGCCAUUCCUGGUGGAGGAGAGCUCAUUCAGAGACGAGGCCUACGUGGAUGAAAGCAAAGCGAAGGAUAUGUACGCCAACCUCAAUCACACCGAGACCAUGGAUCAGCCGGAAACAUUCCAAGUCAUCAGGUCGUGGAGGAGACUCAUGGAUAACUUUACCGACACUCAUAAGACUGACAGAAAAGUAAUGCUAACGGAAGCCUACACCGAUCUGAAGAAGACAAUGUGGUACUACGGCAAUAAGACUCAUCCCAUAUCUCAGAUGCCGUUCAACUUUGAGCUUCUCACCAAAAUCACUCCACAAUCCGAUGCCAUCACAAUCCUGCGGACGGUUGACAGUUGGCUCCAGAGUAUGCCUGAGGGAAUGUGGGCUAACUGGGUCAUUGGUAACCACGACAACCCCAGGGUUGCCAAACGUUUCGGCGCGGAAAUGACAGACGCGUUCAACAUGUUGGUAACCUUGCUGCCGGGUACUGCAGUAACGUACUACGGGGAAGAGCUUGGAAUGGAGGACGUCUUCGUCAGGUGGGACCAAGCUAAAGAUCCGGCCGGCAUAGUUCUCGGGAAAGACAAGUACCUUACUGUCACCCGUGACUCGUGUCGAUCCCCCAUGCAGUGGAGUGAUGCGAUCAGUGCAGGGUUCUCGAAAACAAGUGGUACUUGGCUCCCUGUCAACCCCAACUACUGGCAUCUGAACGUCGAAAACCAAAGAAAAGCUGAGAGAAGUCACUUGAAAACCUACAAACAUCUCAUGCAAGCAAGGCAAACCGCUACCAUACAAAAAGGACAGUACCAUGGUUAUAACCAGGGAGAUGGAGUGUUCAUCUUCACCAGGACGUUGGCGGGUGAACCGAGUUAUGUGGUGAUAAUGAACCUGAAUACAGAAAUCUACAGACCAGAUCUGUCUAAAAUCGAGAUUCCUGGAUCACCCAAGAAACUCUAUGUUUACACAUCCAGCCUCAACUCAGCUCAGAAACGAGGGGAUGUAGUGAUGACAUCUGGGAGAGACCUGGAACUACGUCCCAAAGCUUCGCUGGUUCUGACGUCACAGACUGUCAAGCCGGAGCCUUUGACAAAAUCAUCCAGUAAUCGACUCACGAGUCUCGUGCCUCAAACCUUGGUUGUCAUGGUUGUUUGCCAUCUAAUCUCUAGAUUGAAUCUUUCCUAGAGACUCUCAAGUUUGGUUGACUGUCAACUAAACUCCAGAUUCAAUCUUUCCUAGAGGUUCUUAAGUUUGAUAGUUCGUCAUCUUGCCAAAUAUAAUCUCUAGAUUCCCUCUUUUUUAAAAGUUCUAGAGUAAGUCAAGUUGUUUGUCAUCCAAUCAAGCAACAAAUGAAAUAUAAAAUCAAAUGAAAUUAAUAUUAAUAUCAAAUCAAAUCAAAUUAAGUUUUAUUCAAAGACAUCACUUACAUAACAAAUUGAUUUACAUAGUUGAUAUUACAGAUCAUUGAAUAUUCGGACUAUAUGCAACUUUAUCUAAAUUUGGGAGAGGAAUAGCACAAGGCUACCUUAUUUUUUCUCUCCCUAUCAUUUUGAUGAUGUACUUAUCGUAUGAAUCAAUAAAAUAUAUUAAUAUAAAAAAAUUUAUUCAUUUUAAUCUUCCAUAAAAGCCUCUUGAGUUUGGUUGUUUGUCAUCUAACCUUUAGAUUAACUCUUUCCUAGAGGCUCUUGAGUUUAUAUUCUUAGGAAAAAUGUACUUGUAUCUAAGUACUCAUCAAGUUUAGAUUUACUAUACCUGCUGUCUGGUGUUCAAUUUUCUCAAGUUUAGCUAAAUUUGAGUCAAUUUUUGAGAAUCUUUUAAAAUGAAAAAAAUCUGAGAGCCAUUUGAGAAUCUGAGAGCCGCUAGUUCAGUGUGAGUUUGAACUUGAAAUUGAAUUGAAACAGGCACUAAUUGAAAAUAGGAAUCUCAUUAUAGAAUUAAUGAAAACAUGCUCUGCUUUGAACUUGGACUAGGGAAACUGCCUAACAGUUUCCAGAUUUUUAUAGCUUCAUAGAAUAUUGAGUUUUUCCAAUAUGGUUAAAGUUCUGUUGAUUUUGAAGAUCUGAUCAUUUCAUUUUUACUAAUUUGAAUAGUUGCAAAUUCAGAAUAACAUUUCCCGAGAGUAUCUCUUGUAACUGUAACUGUUUUUCAUAUUUGCAUUUUUCUUCAAAUAUAAGGCAUUUAUAUAUGCCUUUUAUAUAAGGCGUUGCCUGCCUUAGAGUGCCCAACAUAUAGGAAUAAUAUCAACGAGUGGAAGACACUUUGAUAUGGAGAAUUUUACACUUUUUUAGAUUUUCUAGGCAGGCCUUUGGAAUUUGAGAUUAGAUGAUUUUUAGGUUAGAAAUGAGUUCAAUCAUGUAUAGAGUUUUGUAGCAUUGAAUAUUACAUAUUACAUGAUAAUUUAAAAUAUAGAACUGGCAUAAACUGUAUCUUAUAUCCUCGUGAAUUUAGCUAUAGACUGUUGAUUGUGAUUGUUCUUGGAAGAUUUUUUUUUCAAUAAAGGUUGAUUGAGUAGAAAG